AUGGCAGGCGCUGGUGAGCGCAAAAGCAAGAAGGAUGAUAAUGGCAUCGGGACGGCCAUUGAUUUUGUGCUCUCCAAUGCCCGGCUGGUGCUGGGGGUGGGCGGAGCAGCCAUGCUGGGCAUUGCUACGCUGGCGGUUAAGCGGAUGUACGAUAGGGCAAUCAGUGCCCCUACUAGCCCCACCCGCCUGAGCCAUUCAGGGAAAAGGAGCUGGGAAGAACCAAACUGGAUGGGCUCCCCCCGACUGCUCAACAAGGACAUGAAGACAGGCCUGAGUAGGUCCCUACAGGCCCUUCCCACAGGCUCCUUGGCCUUUGACACAGAUACAUUCUGCCUGCCCCGGCCCAAGCCAUUGGCCAGGAAGGGCCAGGUAGACUUGAAGAAGUCACGACUCCGCAUGUCCCUGCAGGAGAAACUUCUUACUUACUACCGGAAGCGGGCAGCCAUCCCUGCUGGCGAGCAGGCUCGGGCCAAGCAAGCUGCCGUGGACAUAUGUGCCGAGCUCCGGAGCUUCCUGCGGGCCAAGUUGCCUGACAUGCCACUUCGGGACAUGUACCUGAGUGGCAGCCUCUAUGAUGACCUGCAGGUGGUGACAGCCGACCACAUCCAACUCAUCGUGCCCCUCGUGCUGGAGCAGAACCUGUGGUCGUGUAUCCCCGGAGAGGACACCAUCAUGAACGUCCCCGGCUUCUUCCUGGUUCGCCGGGAGAACCCAGAGUACUUUCCUCGUGGCAGCAGUUACUGGGACCGCUGUGUAGUAGGGGGCUACCUCUCUCCAAAGACAGUGGCAGACACCUUCGAAAAGGUAGUGGCCGGCUCCAUCAACUGGCCGGCCAUCGGGUCCCUCUUGGACUAUGUGAUUCGACCGGCCCCACCCCCAGAGGCUCUGACUCUGGAAGUGCAGUAUGAGCGCGACAGGCAUCUCGUCAUUGACUUCCUGCCAUCAGUGACCCUUGGUGACACUGUCUUGGUGGCCAAACCACACCGGCUAGCCCAGUAUGACAACCUGUGGCGGCUGAGCCUGCGUCCUGCCGAGACGGCGCGCUUGCGGGCUCUGGACCAGGCCGACUCAGGCUGCCGCACUCUGUGCCUCAAGAUCCUCAAGGCCGUGUGCAAGUCCACUCCGGCCCUGGGCCACCUCAGCGCCAGCCAGCUCACCAACGCCAUCCUCCACUUGGCCCAGGAGGAGGCUGACUGGUCUCCAGAUGUGCUGGCGGACCGAUUCCUGCAGGCCUUGAGGGGACUCAUCAGCUACCUAGAGGCCGGAGUCCUGCCCAGCGCCCUAAAUCCCAAGGUGAACUUAUUUGCAGAGCUCACCCCUGAGGAAAUAGACGAAUUGGGAUACACUCUCUAUUGCUCACUGUCUGAGCCGGAGGUGCUGCUGCAGACAUAGGGCAGGUGAAGGCAGAUGUCGGGCGGUCAGGCCCUGGAUUCUCUGUUAGAAACACUUGGUCCCAUAGUUGGUGCCUCACAGGGUCCCUAGGUGCCUCCCAUCUUUGCUGGUCAUCGGCCUGGGCACUUCACGCGGAUUAGAAAGGCAUCUCUCUCUCCUCUUUUCUCACCACCCGUUUCUAUUUUCGUUACCAAGCACUGUGCUCCCUACUCUUCCCCUCCCCCUUGCUCCAGGCUCGUUUUUCUUUGAAUGAAUUGAGAAGGUGGAGCACUGGCCCGAGCUGUGGAGACCACUUGGUGUUUUGCAUCUUGGCACGGGUCUGCUGUGUCUGCCCUGCCACCUGCCCCUUUUCAGUGUCUUCUCUUUUUCCACCUGUUCACACCUGUUUUGCUUUUUUUUCUGGAGCACAUCUGCCUAAUCAAGAUGCUGCCUUGUAGUUGACUGUCACUGAAGUUAUGAUUGCAUGUUUCAAACUGAACUCUGCAGAGAGCGCCCAGACAGUAUUUAGGGUUUCUAGGGGUAAAGCUGGUGGAAAAGCUGGCCUUUGACCCAGGUUCCUGGAAAAGAAGCCCUCCACCCCCCCCCCCCCGCCACCCCCCACCCCCCGCCAACUCUUGACCAACUCAUAUCCGUAAGUGCUAAGAAGGUCUCUCAUGGGAGCACUGUUGAUGCCGCACACGGGAGUGAGGGCUCAAGAUAAACUGGAUGCAGAGUUAUUCGGAGACUGUUUCUCAGUGGCCAUCAGUGAGAGUGUAGAGUGGGGGAACCUGGAGGUGGUGGAGAGGGUCUGCGUGCUUGAUGUCUGUGCCUCAUCUGUGGCUGGUCCAGCCCAGCACCACCGCGUGCAGGAGUCAGACAAAGACCGGGAGGGAAGGGGCUGUUGUUUGCCCCCUUCCUCACCUUCUUGCCAAUUAGGACAAGGCCUUCAAGGACACAGUCUUAGUGCUAGAGGUUCAGCUAUACAGGCGGCUGAACGUCAGUGACCAUGUUUCUCCCACGUCAGGCCCUGCCUUUCUAGGAUGUUGCCUUAGAGCAAGAACGGGCCCAACAGCCAGCCCUCCGCUCCCCAGUGUCUGUCACAGGAACGUGAUGGAGGUGUUUGCUGAACUCUCCAGGCACCUCCAGAGGCCAAAGGGCAGGCACAUAUGCACAGACCUCUUCCCCCUGUCCUGUCUCUCACCCAGCACCUGGGGAAAUCGGUGCUACCUAGGAAGAGAGCAUAUGGCUAAAACACAUAUGAGAGGGAGGUGGGUACUUGCCACGUUCCUUCUUGUUUCCCGCUGCUAGAAUUGCACUAUUUAUUGCAAUGUAAAAAGUAUCCUGAGAGUGGGGAGGAAUGUUUAAUAUACAAUGUCAGUGCA